AUGCAUCAAAGUUUAUCACAAACAUUCAACUCCGAAAUUCCGUCAAGAAAGGAACACUUUCCUGAAAUAAUACAACAAAGUGCUAGUCCGACACCUCUUCGAAGUCUAAACUGUCUCACACAAAAGCAAGAUACUUUACUUAAUAAACCAAGCCACACUAUUACGCUUGGAAACUCGAUACUUUCCUUAGCAUGUUCUAAUGAAUAUCUUUUUAGCGGUUCUCAAGAACCUUCUAUUCAGGUAUGGGAUUUGGUUACGUUUCAACCGAAAGCUGUUUUAAAGGGACACGUGGGUGGUGUCUUAUGUUUAACUCUCUCAGCGGAUCAAACUAUGUUAUUUAGCUCAUCUGGUGAUAGCACGGUUCGGGUAUGGAGAGUUGAUACAUUAGAUGCUCUUUACGUUAUUCAACCGUGUUGCGAUGUUGGUGAUCUAUUUUCGGUGGUUUAUUCUGACGAAUUAGAUACAAUAUAUAUCGGUUGUCAAAACACUAGUAUACUGCGUUUCGAUUUAUCAACAAAAGAAAAUUAUCGAACAGUUUACCCCUCACGUUCAUGCAAUUAUUCUAAAUUUUUUGAUGCUAUUUCAUCGAAAUCAUGCGGAGUAGUUACGCCAAUCGAAGAAAAGGAAAUCGAUGCAAAGAUUUCCGCGUCACAAGAAAAUAUUCAAAGGUUCGAAGUUGAUGAUUGUAUGGUUUAUAUGAAUAGUCAUAACGGAUAUGUGUAUGCUUUAAUAUUGGGAAUGAAUAAAGAUGGAAGAAUCCUUAUAAGUGGAUCGGGAGAUGGAGAUGGAUCUAUGGAACUUUUAAGAGUACUCAAAGGUACAGAUGCUGGCAUUUUAACCUUUGCCAUGCAUGAUGAAUUAUUAUUUUGUGGUGCACAAGGCGGCGAUAUUAAAAUUUAUGAUUUGGAAACUUAUCAACAUAUUAGGUCACUUAUGGCUCAUGAUGAUGAUAUAUUAGCUUUGACUAUAGGAGAUAACAGUUUAUUUUCUGGAUCAGCCGAUGGAAUUAUCAAGAGAUGGAGUAAAACAUUUGAGAUAUCAAAUACUUAUAAGGAUCAUACUGGAAUUGUUUUAUCAUUAACUGUAUCUCCACCUAACCAUAAAUUAGGUAUAAAUAGAUCAUGGUUGAUUAGUGCUAAUGACCAGUUAAUCAAAUUUUGGGAUAUGGAAACAACGAACACUUAUUUGCUAGAAACGGCUGUUUCGGAAACUACAGAUGUUAUGAGAUAUGCUCUAUCUAAAUGGAUCUCGUUGAAAACGGUUAGCGGGAAACCAAAGUAUUUAGAAGAAUGUCUUAGAGGUGCUAAAUUUUUAAAGAGUAUAUUUGAGCAAUUAGGAGCCUUUUCAUCACUGAUACCAGUAGCAACAGGUCAAAAUCCAUUGGUUCUUGGUAAAUUUAAUGGAAUUAAUGAUGAACAACAACAAAAACGGUUAAAUGUACUAGUUUAUGGGCAUUAUGAUGUUAUUGAUGCGGAUGAAACCAAAUGGCUUACAAAUCCCUUCGAAAUGAUUGGCAAGGAUGGAUAUCUUUAUGGCAGAGGUACUACCGAUAAUAAGGGACCUAUGCUUGCAUCUAUAUUUGCCGUGAGUGAGUUACAGCAAGAGAAAAAACUUAGAGCAAAUGUAUCAUUUUUAAUUGAAGGUGAAGAAGAAAAUGGUAGUAUCGGAUUCCAUGAUGUUGUGGAAAAGUCCAAGCAUUUGAUUGGCGAAGCAGACGUUAUUCUAUUAAGUAAUUCUUAUUGGUUAGAUGAUGAGACGCCAUGUCUAACUUAUGGACUUCGAGGAGUAAUAGGUGCUACUGUUGAAAUUUUUAGCGAAAAUACGGAUUUGCAUUCUGGUAUGCAAGGAGGAGCAGUAUCAGAACCUUUAAAUGAUAUGAUUCGGAUACUUGCAAAACUUAUGUCAGACGAUAAUCGUAUCUUGAUUCCAGGAUUUUAUGAUAAUGUGAGGCCUGUUACGCCAUAUGAAGAGCGAUUAUAUGAAUAUAUUUUGAAAUCAAAAUCUAGAUCUAAAUUAAAUAAUGCUAGUGAAGAGAGGAAUUGUAGUUCAAAACCGGGCGAAACAAAAGAAUCAUUAAUGUCAAAAUGGAGGUAUCCAUCAUUUACAAUACAUAAGAUUGAUGUUAGUGGACCAGAUAAUGUUACAGUGAUACCAUGUAAAGCCAAGGCUAAUGUUAGUAUGCGUAUUGUACCUGAUCAAGAUAUUAAUGAAAUUGUGAAAAGUUUUGAAGAUUUUAUUAAAAAAGUUUUUGAUGAAUUAAAAACCGAAAAUAAAAUUAGUGUCUCCAUUAAUAAUUUGGCAGAUUGGUGGUUAGGAGAUCCCGAAAAUCAAUAUUUCAAAGCUGCGGAACAAGCAAUAGAACAAGAAUAUGGAAUCAAACCAUUAUAUAUAAGAGAAGGUGGUUCUAUACCGGCUGUUAGGUGUUUAGGAAAAAUGUUUAAUGCCAAAGCAAUCCAUUUACCAAUAGGACAAUCUACGGAUCAAGCUCAUCUAAAUAACGAAAGAAUAAGUUUACAAAAUUUAUAUGCCGGUAAAAGGAUAUUUAAAAAUUUAUUUAAUAAAUUAAGUGAAAAUUGA